AUGACGAACGCUUUAGAAGAGGCGCUCGAUAGGGCGGGUGGCCAUGGCAAAGCAGACCAGGGUGAAUCCCUCGCCAGUUUUCUGGCCUCGUUGGGUACCGCCGUCACGGUCUUCGCAGUCGAGUUCUUGCUUUUCAUGAUUCUCAAGGGUAAACUUACUCGUAUCUAUCAACCACGCACAUAUCUUGUCCCGGACCGAGAACGAACUACACCAUCACCACCGGGCUUCUUUCGCUGGAUUGGCCCAGUCUUUCGAACCUCCAAUACCGAGUUCAUUCAGAAGAGCGGCCUGGAUGCGUAUUUCUUUCUUCGCUACUUGCGCAUGCUAUUGAAGAUUUUCCUCCCCUUAGCUUUCAUCCUACUACCAGUCCUACUUCCUAUCAACAGUGUGGGUGGUAAGGGCACUAACUACGAGAAAGGCAACAGCGGGGAUAAAUGGGAUAUUACCGGCCUAGAUAAAUUGGCAUGGGGUAAUAUCAGGCCUACCCGCACAAAUCGCUAUUGGGCCCAUUUGGUUAUGGCAAUUACCGUCAUAUCUUGGAUCGGGUUCGUCUUCUUUGAUGAAUUACGAGGCUAUAUUCGCCUACGCCAGGCUUACAUGACCUCACCACAACAUCGACUACGCGCCUCCGCAACUACCGUACUGGUUACGGCUAUCCCACCCCAAUGGCUAAAUGUCGAGGCUUUGGACAAUCUUUUUGAUGUCUUUCCGGGUGGCAUUCGAAAUAUCUGGAUCAACCGGAACUUCGACGAAUUGAAUGAAAAAGUGAAAGCGCGGAACAAGCUGGCCCUCAGACUUGAAAAAUCUGAGACUAGUUUAAUCGCCAAGUGCAAGGAGGCCCAGCUCAAGCAGCUGAAGGCAGAAAGCAAAAAGAAUAAGAAGAAUAAAGGUACUAAACGCAAGGUCAGCAUCGAGGAUAAAGAGAAAAUGGAUACCGACAAACGUGCAUCGCAGAUGGCCAUGACCGCUGGAGUUAGCUCUGGUAAUCCACACCAGGCGCAAACAUUAGAUGAGGUUCUACAUCGAAAACACCAGACAGCGCAUCAACGGGACACAUCAGAUGGUUCUCGGCACAUCAGGGUCUUUGACCCGGCCCUGGCUGCAGCUGGGGCGGUUGGCCUAGGUGUUGAGAAACUAGGCAAGUCUGUGCUUGGGGGAUUAAAACGGGUGGAAGGUGGCUUUGACAACACCUUGACGCGAAAUGGAGGAUUUGUUGAUGAAAUGCCACCGCAUCUACCUACACCACCGGUGCAUGAUGGCCACCCUCCUACCGAUACCCUAGAACCCGACUCCCCGUCCUUCAUUCACAUGCCUCAAACACCUGAGCCUGUCCAGGACAACAGUAACGUGCGCCAUGAACCUAAAACCCCGCCUCGGCGUCCAUUCUGGAAGUCCCGUGGCUCUUCUUACUCUAGACACUCCAAGCAUAGUCAAGAGGCCGAUGAGCACCCCCUCACUGCACCCGACACACCUGCUAUCGAUACAGACAAUUGCAUCGCUAGAAGUCAGCACUCUGAGAAAGGCAACAGACGGAAGAGUCAUAAGGAAGGUGACAAAUUAUAUGGAGAUCUUUACCCAGUUGCCUAUAACGAAGAUUUUGAUAAUCAAGAUUACGGAGAGCCUCUGUGGAAGAAAUACAUUCGAGCAAAGGAUCGGGAUACCUGGCGGCUUCCAAUCUUCAAAUGGAGCAAAUGGCCCACGAUUUGGCUUAUUGGCAGAAAGGUUGAUACAAUCGAUUAUUGUCGAAAAGAGCUCGCACGCAUGAACUUGGAAAUUGAGAUUGACCAACAGCACCCUGAGCGAUUUCCAUUGAUGAACUCAGCAUUCAUUCAGUUCAACCACCAAGUCGCAGCCCAUAUGGCUUGUCAGUCAGUAACCCACCAUCUUCCCAAACAGAUGGCACCACGAAUUGUGGAGAUUUCCCCCGACGAUGUUAUCUGGGAUAACAUGUCCCUCAAGUGGUGGGAGCGCUACCUGCGCACAUUUGGAAUCGUCACAAUAGUAGUUGCAAUGGUGGUCGGAUGGGCUUUCCCCGUUGCUUUCACAGGGUUGUUGUCGCAGCUAUCAUAUCUCGAAGGUGCAUUCUCAUGGCUUGCCUGGAUCGGUAAACUUCCUUCCUGGUUCAUAUCAGCCGCCCAGGGUGUUUUGCCCGCACUUUUCUUAGCGAUCUUGAUGGCAAUCUUACCCCUGCUACUUCGGUUCCUAGCUCGAAAGCAGGGUGUGCACACUGGCAUGGCCGUUGAACUCACUGUUCAAAACUACUAUUUUGCAUUCUUAUUUGUUCAGCUCUUCGUCGUCGUCACUAUUGCAUCCAGUUUCAGUACCAUCUUCAGAAAUGUCACCGAUGUCAGCAGCUGGUCCAGUCUGCUAGCUGAUAAUAUUCCCAAGUCCAGCAACUACUUUUUUUCCUACAUGCUUCUGCAAGCAAUGUCUGUCAGUGCAGGUGCUUUGGUACAAAUAUUUGGCCUCAUCAGUUGGUUUAUCCUUGCUCCGAUAUUGGAUAAAACCGCUCGAAAGAAAUGGGCCCGCACAACCAACUUAAACCAGAUGCAAUGGGGUUCUUUCUUUCCCGUAUACACAACACUGGCUUGUAUUGGAAUGAUCUACAGUGUGAUUGCACCUCUGAUUCUUGUUUUCAAUGUCAUCACCUUCAGUCUCUUUUGGUUCGUCUAUCGCUACAAUACGCUUUAUGUUACAAAAUUCCGCUUUGAUACAGGUGGUCUCCUUUUCCCUCGAGCUAUCAAUCAGCUUUUCACCGGUCUUUACAUUAUGGAAAUUGCUUUGAUUGCAAUGUUCUUUUUGGUCGAGGACGAAAAGGGUAAAAGAGCCGCUAAAGUGCAAGGCAUUAUCAUGGUCAUCCUCCUUGCCGGGACCUUUGCGUACCAACUACUUCUCGAUAAUGCAUUCGGGCCUCUUAUCAGAUACAUACCAGUCACUUUGGAAGACGCCGCGCUUCGUCGCGAUGAAGAAUUCAAGCGUGCCCAGCACGUCCGCCUCGGGCUCCCCGUGGAUGAUGAAUCAGACGAAGAAGAUGGACCUGUGGAUCAUGGAAUUCCUCAAAAUGAAAACGAACAUCAACCUGAGCGAGACAUCGAGCUCAAGAGUCUUGACGCCAAUGAGGCGGGUCGCAAGACUAAUGGAUCGCGUGAUCACCUCACAACGCCCAAAUUGGGUUCCAAACGACCAUCUUGGGCUUCCCGCUCACCAGGCAGACGCUCCAAGUUUUUCGGUGCAAAUUCGACACCCUCUACUCCCACUAUGCAAUUUUUGAGAGAAAAGAUGGCCAAUGAUGCUGAACAUCAAGGACCUUCUUCGAAGACUCUAGGACAUGCUCUCUUCUCUGGUCUACAUGAUGAACUGGAGGACCUUACCCCCGAUGAGCGUGACCAGCUGACCCAACGUGCGUUCCAGCAUGAAGCUCUCCGGGCCAAGCGUCCUGUGAUUUGGAUUCCGCGUGAUGACCUCGGAGUCAGUGAUGAUGAAGUCUACCGGACACAACGCUUCAGCAAACAUAUUUGGAUCAGUAACGAGUAUCAAGCACUGGAUGGCAAAUGCCGAACAAUCUUCAGUCGCAGUCCACCAGACUUUUCGGAGGUGGAUCUCAUUCAACUGUAA